CCUCCAGCUGCGGAAGCUGCCGCACAGCUGGAGCCGGCGCAGUCUGCGCGGCGCUGUCGCCCUCGCGCUCCCGCUGCCCGGCCCGCGGCCGGCGGACUUUGCGGAGGGCCCCCGGCGUAGGCGGCGACGGGUGUGGGCCGAGCCGGUAUUUAUAGCUCGGUGACAGCUGCGGUGGCAGCGACGCCGCCGGUCCGUCUCGCCGCGCUUGCCAGCGAGGCCGCGGGCGCGGCGGAGGGCUGCGCUCCACCGGGUCUCCCGAGUGCGGACGCCCUGAGCCCGCGCGGCCCCCUUGGUAAACUACGGAAUUGAAGUUUUGAAGGAUGGAUAAAGACUUUCGUUAUUAUUUCCAGCAUCCCUGGUCUCGGUUGAUUGUGGCUUACUUGGUGAUCUUCUUUAACUUCUUAAUAUUUGCGGAGGACCCAGUUUCUCAUAGCCAAACAGAAGCCAACGUUAUUGUUGUUGGAAACUGUUUUUCAUUUGUAACAAAUAAAUACCCUAGAGAAGUUGGCUGGAGGCUUCUGAAGGUGCUUCUAUGGCUACUUGCCAUUCUCAUAGGACUAAUAGCUGGCAAAUUUCUGUUCCAUCAGCGUUUGUUUGGUCAGUUGCUUCGGUUAAAAAUGUUUCGAGAGGAUCAUGGAUCAUGGAUGACAAUGUUCUUCAGCACAAUUCUCUUUCUCUUCAUAUUUUCUCACAUAUACAACAUGAUUCUUCUAAUGGAUGGGAACAUGGGAGCAUAUAUCAUUACAGACUAUAUGGGCAUCCGAAAUGAAAGUUUCAUGAAAUUAGCUGCAGUAGGGACCUGGAUGGGGGACUUUGUCACAGCUUGGAUGGUCACUGAUAUGAUGCUUCAGGACAAGCCCUAUCCUGAUUGGGGAAAAUCUGCAAGAGCUUUCUGGAAGAAAGGAAAUGUUAGGAUUAUUUUAUUCUGGACGGUUCUUUUCACUCUGACAUCUGUGGUUGUACUUGUCAUUACAACUGACUGGAUCAGCUGGGACAAGCUGAAUCGGGGAUUUUUGCCCAGUGAUGAAGUUUCCAGAGCCUUCCUGGCUUCUUUUAUCUUGGUCUUUGACCUCCUUAUUGUAAUGCAGGACUGGGAAUUCCCACAUUUCAUGGGAGACGUCGAUGUAAAUCUUCCUGGUUUGCACACGCCUCACAUGCAGUUCAAGAUUCCUUUCUUCCAGAAGAUCUUCAAGGAGGAAUAUCGUAUUCACAUAACAGGUAAAUGGUUUAACUAUGGGAUUAUCUUUCUCGUCUUGAUUUUGGAUCUUAAUAUGUGGAAGAAUCAGAUAUUUUAUAAGCCUCAUGAAUAUGGACAGUAUAUUGGCCCAGGGCAGAAGAUAUAUACAGUGAAAGACUCAGAGAGUCUAAAGGAUUUGAACAGAACCAAGCUAUCCUGGGAAUGGAGGUCCAAUCACACCAACCCUCAGACUAAUAAAACCUAUGUUGAGGGAGACAUGUUCUUACACAGCAGGUUCAUAGGGGCUAGACUUGAUGUCAAGUGUCUGGCUUUUGUGCCAAGUCUGAUAGCUUUUGUGUGGUUUGGAUUCUUCAUUUGGUUCUUUGGACGGUUUUUGAAAAAUGAACAAGGCAUGGAGAAUCCAGACAAAGCUUACACACGCAUGAAAAGAAAAUCCCCAUCAGAACAAAGCAAGGACAUGGGAAUCACGCGAGAAAACACCCAGGCCUCAGUGGAAGACCCGUUGAAUGACCCCCCCUUGGUGUGCAUCAGGUCUGACUUCAAUGAGAUCGUCUACAAGUCUUCCCACCUAACGUCGGAGAACUUGAGCUCGCACUUGAAUGAAUCGACCAGCACCACAGUGGGCGACACAGAUCCAACGACUUCUAAAAGUACACCGACGAAUUAGAACCGCUUAUUGGGGGAUAGCACAAAGAGCAACCCUGGGUGUAACUUUCAAAAGUUAGUCUUUCCUUUUGUAAAUGUUAAGGUUUAUGUAGCGUUAAGUAAAGAAUUACAAACAAUGCCACAACGGUGCUCAACAUGCUUUUUCUAGGACUCAUUGUUUUCUAUUUGUAUACCUGUGCCUACAGUAUAUCUAACAGUCCUCUAGAGAUUGCUUUUUCACAGUUGCACAAGCUACUUACUGACUUUACAGCCUAGUAGAUUAGCUGGUUACCCAUGUAUCUGAUGUUCAACCAUUGUGGUGCCUUGAGACAUUAAACUUUUUAACUGUACCAGAAACGAAGUGUGGAACAGUUCUCUAACCUGCUUCACAUGGGUUUUUUUUCAUACAAUUAUUUUGAUCUCCACUUGAUGUCUGAGCAGGAAACAGAUAUAGCCAAGAUGUGGCUCAGGAAGUAUGUCUCGGUUUCUUAUUCAGCAGCGGAGUUGGUGACUUUGACAGCUGGACUGCAGAGAAGCAUUGUGAUUACCUUUGAAUUUUUAUUGGCUGUCUGCCAAACACAAAUACAGAUGCAGAAUUCAAUAAUAGGGGAGUGAUAAUCCAUCAUGGGUCACUACUUGUGAAAUGUGACUUUCUCCAACCAGUAAUUGCAAUUAGAUAAUAAUACCCAAUUAUGUUUUCCCAAUUAAGGUAAAUUGCUACCUGAUUAAAAAUCCUGCCCUACACCUUUGGGAACAAAGGUUAAGAUGCACAGUUAGGUGAACUCUCAAAUUUAUUGGCAUUUACACAAAGCCCUAGAAAACCAAGAAACUGAAGUUUUAAUCAUGUGAGGGUUGCACAGCCUACCAUUCACAAUAUUUGUACAUCUUUCUGUAAAUAUGGUUGUUGACAGUGAAAAUUGAAAAACAUAUGCCAACCCUGAGCAAGAGAACUCCUCUAAAAAAAUCAUGCUGUGGAACUUUGUAAGGUAGAAAAAAGGAUGUGCAUG